GCUCGCCACGACCACUUUCUGGAGCGGCAGUGUUCAACCCGCAACCAGCAAGAGCUGCUCACUCGCUUUUCGCUUGCUUCAAUCCGCGAACCUCCCGUGUGUGCUCCAAUACCGAGAUUACCAAAGAGAUAGCAAAGUGUUUUAUUUUUUAUAAGCAUCCUCCUAUGAUAGAAAGUACGCCUCCGGCUCUCGUCAUUUCGAAAAUCAACCCGAGGACUCGCCUCUGAAACUCUCAAGAGUUGUCUUUCGGAACGUUUCCCUUUUCUAUAUCUAAUACUGAUUUUGUAUUCGAUCCAUUAAAACAGUGUGAUAUUCAGUGGUGUGUUCACUUUCGUCGGACAAUCACAUAUUGUAAGAUUAUUGUUCUCUUCGUGGGUUUUUCACCUUCUCCGAGCACCUUUGUAAAUACGUGGAUUAUCCCCCUUGGCGCAGCGCACGUAGAAAGCGGAGCUGUAGAGUCAGAGCUAACUAACAUGCGAUAGUUGCCCCUGGUCAUCCCUUAUCCAAGUAGUGACCCGGAGGUCGUCCCAAAACCGCCUGUGUGCCACUCAUGACCUAAACCUGACAGCGAGGCACCACACCCCCAACCCCUCCCACCUCUCACACUUCUUCUUCUCUCUCUCUUCUAUCUCUCACUCGAACUUCGUCUCGCUGUUCUCUCUUGUCUCGCAUCACCCGCAAACCCCCCAAAGAGUAGGAUGGCGAUGGUUAACAUGAACAACCUCCUGAAUGGGAAAGACUCGCGGUGGCUACAGCUCGAAGUUUGCCGCGAAUUUCAGAGGAACAAAUGCUCCAGGCCGGACACCGAGUGUAAAUUCGCCCAUCCUCCAGCAAACGUCGAAGUGCAGAACGGCAGAGUCACCGCUUGCUACGACAGUAUCAAGGGUCGGUGUAAUCGUGAUAAACCUCCCUGCAAGUACUUCCAUCCACCUCAACACCUCAAAGACCAGCUUUUGAUCAACGGAAGGAAUCACCUCGCUCUCAAAAAUGCACUUAUACAACAAAUGGGCCUUACCCCCGGCCAGCCGAUCGUACCGGGCCAAGUACCAACCGCAGUUUGUGCUUUGCAGGCGGCGACGACGCCUUACCUGGCGGGCGUACCCCAGGUGGGCAGCACAUUUUCUCCUUACUUCUCCCCCGGGCCAAUAAUGCCCCUCACGGUCGCACCGGAUCCUACAGCCCCCCUCAGCGUCGUCCAGCAGACUGCAGUAGUCACACAGCAGAAAUUGCCACGCACCGACAGGCUAGAGGGAGGCGCAAGCGUGGGAGCGAUCGCGCUGCAACAGCGGAAGAGAGCCCAUGACCCGGCAGACGACCUAAUCCUGAUGGAUAUGAAGUCAGUAGGCUCUUUCUACUACGAAAAUUUUGGUUUCCCAAAUAUGGUACCAUACAAAAGGACGGCAGGAGACAAAUCAGGAGUACCAGUGUACCAGCCUGCAUCGGCAACAUACCAGCAACUGCUCCAGCCGUUUGUCCCGGUCUCAUGUGAGUACCGCCCUAGCCCCGCGACCACGGCAGCCGCCUUCACAGGCGUUGCCCUCAACAAAAUGAUAUCACAUCACCAAUACUUAACAGCAGCCCCGUCACACUCGACUUCCCACUUCUCCUUAGUCAGACCACCACCGAUCCCGCCUACACCUCUCAUAUCAGACAUUAUUGCCGCCCAGUACUCAUCCUCGCUCAACAAUAACAAUGACGAUGAAUUACAACCAUACAAAAAGAUGAAAACCACUUAAAUUAACAUAUAAAAACCCAUGCAGUUCCUAAUCAGAACGUCCAAUUAUUGGAGAGGAAAAAAAUUGUAUAGAAUUAAUUUUAAAACCGGCCUCCCUCAUUUAUAUUCCUCUCCCUUCCUUUUUUUUUAUUUAAUUUUAAUUUUUUUUAUUAUUUAUUCUAUUAAAUGGACUGCAAAAUAUUAGAGUUACCACUGAUUUCAAUUAAUCAUGCUCUAUUUAUUUUAUAUUUUUAUGAAGGUUUUUUUUAUUAAGAUGUUAAAUUUUUGAUAUCCUAUUAUUUGAUGCUGUUUAUCCUGUAAAUUGUUGUAUUAUAAAAAUUGGAAUAUUUUUUUCAUUAUAAGAGAGUGAAGUUUUCAUGUAAAUACUUUUAAAUUUAUAUUAAUUGAAAUGAAAACAAUUUAAUUAGAUUUUUCUUUUUUUGCGGUUCAUUUAUAUUUUUAUUUGGUGUGGUUUUAUUUACGAGGUGAGUUUAAUAAUACUGAGGGUGGCCGGAAAUUUUUAAAUUAUUAAUAUAAUUAAAUAAUAACAAUGGUCUAAUAAUUGAAAAGGAAAAAGAAAAAAUGCAUUUUGAAUGUGUUUAGCUAGAAUUUGUUGGGUGGUUCGUUCUUUUGCGAAGUUGAGCAUGUUUUUUUUCACCCCUGUAUUUCCCCCCUCUAUUAUAUUGUUGGCUAUCAUGUUUGUUGUUGUUGCUAUUUUUUUAGCUUCACUACUUUUUUUGAGUUUGUUAAGUUUGCUUAAAACUACAAGUUUCAUUAAGACACCGCCUUUAAAUUAACAGCACAGAAACAGAACCGUUCUUUAUAAAAGAACAAUUUUGUUUAAAUAAAUCUAACCUUUAAUUAAUUAACUUUACUAUAUUUUUUGUCUAUAUUGUUAUUGUAUAUAGUUAAAUGCUAAUUAUUCGGGGAAGAUUCACAAAAUCCCUUUAUUCUAAGGACCAAUUUUGCUUCAGCACUCCUGGUAGCAAAACUACCUAUCUUUUGAAAUUAAACCUUAAAAUAUGAUCCCAUUUGCUUAACACAGCCUGGAUAUAUUAGGAAAUAAAUAGAAUUUUUUUUUUAUUUAACGAUUUUAAAAAAGUAAGAAUUGACUUUUAAGGGCGCUGCUCCCUUUAAACUGCAAAAACAUUUUAGAAGGCUAAGAAUUAAGAAAAGAAGAAGCUAUCAGGUAUGUACCUUUUUGCAACUUUUAUGCUUUAAAAAUCUCAUGUUUAUUUAUUUUUAAUUUAUUUUUUUAUCAAUGAAUUUAUAUCUACCAAUAAAACUAACAUAGUACUUUAAAGCUUUUUAAAUCAAUGAAAUUUUGGAAGUUUGAAAGUUGCAACACUAAAGUUAAAAAGUGUUUCUAAAGCUUUUACAAUUUUUUUAAUCCCAAAGUUAAAUUAAAUGUUAAAAUUGAAUCAUGAAAUUAUUUAACGUUACCAAUCAAUAAUUAUUUAUUACCAAUCAUUAAACAAACUAUCAACGAUACUACACAAUUUUUUGCUUUCUAUGGUAUAAUGUGACUUUAACCAUGAUUUUUCAAUUUAAAAAAAUAUUUUAAACAUUCUACAUACUUGUUUAAACUUACAGAAAUGAUUUACAAAUACAGGUGAUAUCCUUAAAAACUAUUUGGUUGAAUUUUCAUUGUUUUUAGUAUAGCAAGAUUCCUAACAAUUGACACGUUUUUAUCCAUCAGUUAUAUUUCUUCUAUAAGAAAGCAUGUACUAUAAUAAAUACUAUUUUGUUACAAUCUAUUGGUAUAAUAAGAAAUUGUUUUUUAAUAAUUCAAUACCAAAGAUGAGAGAAAAGAAUUGCCUGGAAACUUACACAUAAGUAAUUAUUUCAACCCAUAAUUACACCAAACAGAAUGAAAAUUUUAAGGAAUCUUCCCCCGGAAAAGAGAAAAAAGCAUUAGUGAGGGGAUUUCGUUUUAGGUUGUGAACUAGUUCUUAGGUACUUGCAUUCCUGGCUAAUGUAUUACCCCAAAAAAAAUAAAUAUGUAUAUUUUGAAGAAGAAAAAAUAAGUAUCUCCUGGUGGUGGUAUUUUACUUGUUUAAAUUUUAACUUAAAAAAAUAAUAAUUAAUAAAUUUUAUAAUAUAUAAAUGCUUUACGAUUAAGUUUUAGUAGUUUUUUAUUUUUUGAGCUUGUUGGUUGCGAGGAGUGCACUAUCGGCUUGCUUGUAGCCUAUCAUAGUUUCUGUUGGUGUUAGUCGCAAGGCCCAAGUGUCUCUACAUCACCUAUUUUUAUACAAACAAAUAAUUAAAUAACAAUUAAUUAUUCUCUUUCACAAAAGAACGGACCAUUAACAUUACACAAAGUGCCUCUUGCCACAUAGCAUGCUAGGCUGCUUAACAAUAUUGUUAUACAAAAAAAAAUAUUAUAGUGAAAAGGAAGUUAAAUUAAAAAAUACGAUAUGUAAAUUCUUUGUGCACUCUGUGUCCCAAACAAUGUUAUUUUUUGUCUGUCAAGUAUGAUUGUGAAUAAUAAAUUUUAAGAGGAUGGCAUUUUUUAUUCUAGCCAUCUAUAAAUCGUGAAAAUAUUAUUAAUACCCAAUAUUAAUUAUAUAAUACUAAUUAAAAUAUAAGUUUAGCUUUGUGAAUGUGAUGUAUAGUGUUUUAAUAUUAUUAUCAAUAAUAUAUUUAAAGGAAUUUCAAUUCAAAUGUGUGUUUUAAACAUAAAUAGAAUUUUAGAAAUUUUACUGUGUUGUUUCUUAGAAUUAAAAACAAAUGAGUAAAUUUAAAAUAAAAAGAAUACCAAAAGAAAAUAUAUAAAUAUAUAAACAAAUGGCAUUCUAAUAUCCAGUGUAUUUAUAAUCAUUUGUAAUAUUAGCCAACGAUUCUAAUACCUGCAUAGCAGUUAUAGAAUAUAUAUACUUAUAAACUUGUAGGCGUAAAACGCUUUAUAACGAUUUUAUCGUAGGGAAUGCCCAAGGAAGGGUUAAAAGCUUUUCCUUUAUAUAAAUUAAAGUUGCUUGUAAUUUUUGUCAAGUACAGUAUUAUGUAAUAAUAAUGCUACAAAGUAAAAUGCAUGAAUGGUUUUAAUUAAUCAAA